AUGAAACAAUGUCUAAAAAGUUAUAUUUAUGAGAAACGAGUUAACGGUAAAUGUGAAAAGUUUCCAUUAAAGCGAAAACAUACUAAAAAUUGUAUUAUACGUUAUGUAUGGAAAUUAGCUAAAUCAAAAAUUAUUAGAAAGAAACGAUCCAUUCAAUUACAUACUUCAAGUGGUUCAAAAUGUGGUCCCAAUCAACAUUACGUACCAGAGCGUAAUCCAUGUCCAGAAACAUGUGAAGGGAAAUUUUUCGGAGUGGAAUCAAGAUGUAGUCAUCUCACGUCUGGUCCUGGGUGUGAAUGCCUUCCCGGUUUCAUGAGAGACGGUAUUUUAUGUGUGCCUCCAAGUCAAUGUGGCUGUUUAGAAUCUGUGUGUAUUGAUCGUGUAUCUACUGAAAAAUGUAAACUAUGGAGAUCUGAAGGUCGAUGUCACAAAGACAAGGCUAUUAUGCAACGAUUUUGUAGGGCAACAUGUCAACGCUGUGAGCGACCAUGUGAAGAUCAAAUAGCGACGUCACAAUGUGAAUUAAUCAAGAGACGUGGUGAAUGUAGUUUAGAUUUCUACAAAUCAAUGUGUAUGCUAACUUGCUCACAACAAAAUUGCAGAUGCCCUAAAUGUCAUGUAGAAAGUGGAUCUUGUCACCCAAUCACCAAAAAUAUUGAAUUACGCCAUAUAUGUUAUCAGCUUCAAAGUAACGGUAGUUGUAAUCCACUCAUCACAAGGAGAUAUCGACCGUGUGGAGACUGCCCCGCAAGACUUUCAAGGAUUCCAGGAAAAUGCAACUAUUGCAAAGGAUUUCGUAAGGUAUAUUUACGCACAUAUUUUCGAGAGGAGGUCGGUUUUAAAAGGUGUUUGAUGGUUGAACGUUCACAUGAAGAGAAAUGCUCAUGCGACCGGAUAAAUUUAGCACUUAAAACAUGUCAAGCUAAUAAAAUUCCAGUACUUAAGACCAUGGUUCGAGUAAAAACAUCAUGUGAUAAAUGUAUCUACAAAAAAAUUAAUAUUCUUGGAAAACCUAUUGAAUGCAAAAGACCGCGGAUAGAACGCGGUCAGUGUAAACAAACAUAUCCAGGACAAAUUGGUCUUACUAGGAAAGUGAUUUAUGCCAAAGAGGUUGCUAAGAAUUGUAAAUGUCGGUUAGUUUCUCAUGAAGAGACAGAGAUAUGUGGCUGCCCUAAAACUAAACGUUCUAAUCCUUUCUGUAUGACCGAUAGAAAUCAGUUGGCCAUAAAAAUCACUUACUAUAAACCGAAUAGAACUCAUUGUCUAGAAUUCUCAAAUAUUAGUUGGAUUCCCAAAUUUCCUUGCCCAUCAGCUGACCAGUCUUCAAUAACUAAAAAUCAGGGUCGAUUUCAUUGUAAUCCUGAGACGUGUGAACGUAUCUGGAUUGGUCGAACAUGGAUACGUGAACAUUGUAAAUGUAGACAAGUAGAUGUAAAUCAUCCAGCUGGGAAAUGCUGUUGUCCCAAAUCCGAAAGCAGUCAAUCUGAUUGCCAAAAUGGAUUAUCUGAAAUAGUUAAUGUUACUUACAGUCUUGUAAAUGGUGAUUGUAAACGUCAUGUCUUACGAUCAGUAAUACGUUGUUCAUGUCCAAAUUCUAAGAAUUUUGUCAAAUGUGAUUCAGAAAAUGGUAUAAAAUUAUUUGGAACCGUAAAGUAUAAAAUACAAAAGGACGGAACAUGUCAAAAAGUAGAAUUGAUAGAAUUACAUAAAAUAAAUUGUAUGAACGAACAUAUCAGAAGAAUUUCCGAAUGUAAUGUUCAAAUUACGGAGGAUAAUCGCAUGUAUCGUCAGUUGUUAGUGGCACAGUCAAGUAUUAAAGAAUGUGCAUGUAUUACACCUAAGCCUAAAGUUUACUUGGAAGCUUGUAAUUGUCCUGAAGCCCAAACUGACGUUGUGAAACAGAUACAACAAUGUCCAUCUUGGUGUUUUAAUGCAACACCAGAGAUGUGUGACCGAAGAUGUCAGAAUAUUUUCAUAUGGCAAAAGCUUGUUUACGAUUUUGAAAAUCGUGGACAUUGUAAAGUAGAAAUAUUACAAAAAAUUACCAAACCAUGUUGUUGUAAACAUUCAAAAGAAAUCCGACGAUUAUGUAGUGAAGAUGGCAAAACGUUGAUAACUGAAACCGAAGAAAGUAUUUGGAAAAAUGAACUAUGUAUUAAGAAAGUAAAACGAAUUCACCAACCUAUUCAGUGUAAAAUUGGACUACUAAAACAAACACUGAUAAAUUCACAAAAACAUGGUAAACGAUAUAUGCAGUCAGUAUACGGAUAUCGACAACAUUGUCAAUGUAAAAUACGUGUCGAAGAAAAGUUGUGUAAUCAAUUUUGCCCACAGUAUACCACUUUGGUUUCAUCACAUUGCUCACCAAUAACAAAUAUGGAGACAAGCACCUAUAAAACUCAUUUUCAAGAGGGAUGUGAAUGUAAAGAGAGUAUUACAGUUAAGACAAGACGUUGUGCUUGUCCAAAGGAUCGUGUUAGUGAGAAAAAAUGUGAUGUAUCAAACAACAAAUUAAUUUCUAUUCGAAUUCACUAUGAAUUAUUGGAUAAUGAUUGUUUACCUCAAAAAGAUAUUAUUGAAGAGCCGGUUAGCUGUGACGAACAUAUGAAAAUGGAAAUAAGACGAAACAAUGGAAGGGAAAUUCGACAACUAUUAUGUCAUCGACCUACUGGACGUGCACAAAUUAUUACUCAUAUAUGGAUACCUAAAAAUUGUAAAUGCGUACGAGUGAAACAAGUUAUUCGAGAAGGAUUAUGUAAAUGCCCCAAAUCACAUACUUUAAUGCAUUGUGAUGAUAAACUAAAUGCAUGGGUUCGUAAACUUAUCACUUAUAGAUUGGAUAAAGAGAACUUAUUAUGUCAAAGACAUUUAACUUAUAAAUCUGAGAUAACAUUUUGUCCUCCGCCUAUUGCAAAAUGGAUGCCAUGUAAUAUGCAACAUGGUACUCGACAACUAAUUUUAGAAUUUUACAAACGAAGUCACUGUCAUUGUAUAAAACAAAAACAGAUCCUAGCUAAACCAUGUGGAUGUGCGUUAAAACCAUCAAGGAUAAGACAAAAAUGUGAUCCUAUUCAAGGAAUUUUACAAACGAUAGUACGUAAAUAUGAGUGGAAUGAUAAAUCAAAUGACUGUGUUAAAGUGGAUCAAGUUAAAACGAAACCUGUUGUUUGUCGACCUCGAGUACGUAUUGUACGUGGAAAAUGUACAAAUGGAAAAUUAGUUGAAACCUUGAUUGAAAAUAUUCCAGAUGCAAACAACUGUACAUGCAUUCAAAAGACAAGAACAUACAAUCGUGAUUGUCGUUGUCCAACAGAAUUUAUUCACAUUGGAAAUUGCAGUGAGAUUCAUCCUUAUUGGAAAGAACUAGUAUUAGAACGAAAAUGGGAUGAUCAUGAACAAAAGUGUGUCAUUGUAAAAACUAUGAAAAACAAACAUUUUUGUCAAUGUCCACAGAAAAAAGUAAAUACAGAAUGUAACAACGGUGUUGUGAUUCGAACAGAAGUUUCUUUUAAAUUGAAUAAACUGACAUCAGUAUGUCAGCAGUUUGUCAGACAAUUCCGAUACAAACCAGUGUGUAAAGAAACUGAUGGAUUAAGAAAAUCGAAACAAUAUCAAGCACUGUUUUACAGACAUCUUCAAACUAGAUGUGAUAGAUCCACAUGUACAAAAAGUUUAGAAACUUAUGCAAAUGAAUAUAAUCCAAAUACUUGUAAAUGUGGUUGGAAAUUGGUCAAUAAGAAAAGGUGUACAUGUUGUGGUUGUCCAAAACCACACUUAUCGUAUCUAUGUGAAAACGAUAGUUUAUUAAUUGUCAGUAUCACAUAUUACACGACGAAACAACAUCGAUGUGGUCAUGAAUGUAUGAGACGUGUACGAACGGUUAAACAUCAUAUAACCUGUAAGGAUUAUUCUUCUCCACCACAAGCAUAUUGGAGUAAAUGUGAUAAUAGAACUUGUCAACAAUCUUUUAUCGCUUCAGUAUACGAAGUUAAAAAUUGUCGAUGUCUGUUAGCUCCAAAAUCCAUAGAUAAACGUCCAUGCUGCUGUUUAAAGGAAGAGGAAAAGCAAACAUUUUGUAGAAAUGGACAAUUAGUGGUCUAUACACAUAAAAUGAUUUUGGAAAAUGUGAAGUGUGUAAAAUCUACCAAGAAACAAAUAGUCCCGAUUACUUGCUCAAAGGCAGUUAAAAUCAAAUACGGUGAAUGUAGACCACAAACAUGUCGACGACCUCUAUUUUUGAUCAAAUCAGUGGUUGAUCCGGAUAAUUGUAAAUGUAAAAAACAACAAAUUAUAAAAGAAGAACGGGAAUGUUGUUGUCUUGGUAAAUCACAAGAAAAAAAAGAAUUUUGUGUUGGAAACUGUAAAAUAGUUGUGAAUAAAGUCUCUAAAUUUGAUAAAGUUAAUGAACGUUGUGUUAAGGAGAAUUUUAUUCGUCGUAAAUGUCCCAAAUGUCCAAAACCACAUAUACUUGAAGGUACUUGUGAUACUACCGGUACAUGUCUCAAAACAAAUCGUCAUAUCAGUUAUACUAUCAAAAAUUGUCAAUGUCAACCUGUAGAACAUAUUCGUCAUGAACGCUGUUGUUGUCCAGCAUCAAAAAAAUUAGGCAGCAGAUGUGUUGAAGAUAAAGGAGUCAUUGAAAAUAAAAAUAUUUAUUAUCAAUUAGAAAAUGGUCAGUGUAUAAAACGUGAAACUAUUGAAGAGAAACAAAUUAUAUGCCCUAAAACAAUUCAAUUAAAUCAAUCCGAAAAUAGUCAAUAUUGUGAUCCCAAUUCAUGUCAACAAAUAGUAACAACAUAUCAAUGGAAUAGAAUAGGAUGUAAAUGUAUUCAACAAAUAAUCACCAUUCCAAAAUUAUGCUGUUGUACAAAUCGUAUACCUAGAAUUAAAAAAAUCUGUUCACCAGAUGGAAGUUAUAAAUCAAUUGUACAACUUUGGAAAUUACAUAAUGGACAAUGUGUUAAAACAAAUGUCGUUAAGAAUCUACCACCACCUGUAUGUAAACCACAAGAUGUAACACUGAUAGGUCCGUGUGAUAAAACAACUGGGAAACAACCAAUAUUAAUUACACGAUCCAUAAUUGAAGAAUGUGAAUGCAAAGUGGUGUACAGAGAGAAACGUGAUCGAAUAUGUGCCUGUCAAUCUCCAAAGGUUCAUGUAAAGCCGUGUGAUCCAAAUACAUGUCUUCAACAAAUCACUAUAACAAAAUGGGCAAUUGAAGAGAAAGAUAGAAAAUGUCAUCGGUUACAUCCUGAUAUUAGAAUGCGUCCAUGUUGUUGUCGACGGGAAGUUAAUAAAGAUAAUUUAUUUAAAAAAUGUAUUCCUACUAAUGGACAAACAGAAAUUACAAAUCGUACAUAUUAUUUUAAUCCACAUAAAGAAUUAUGUGAAUUUAAAGAUGUAAAGACAUUUAUUAAUCUUGUUUGCCCAAAUGAAAUAAAUGUUGUUAAAGGUAGUUGUAAUUUAGUCACAGGAAUUGCUUUGGAUAGUAUAACAUCAUGGAAAACAUUAACAUCACAAUGCAAAUGCGCUAAAAGAACAACUUUCCAGAAACGUAUAUGCUCUUGUAAGCAUUUGGACAGAAAAGUGAAAAAUCCUGUCUGCUCUAAGCAAAAUAAUAUGUUAUUACAAAAGAAGAUAGUUCAUGAACUUCAAAAUGAAAUAUGUCAACCUAAAGUAAUUUGGAUGAAGAAAUCUGUGGUUUGUCCAAGUCAAAAAAAUGUCGAUGUAAAAUGUGAUCCCGCCACAUGUAAUCAAUUAACUACCAUAAGUUGGUUUACUAAAAUUGGAUGUAAAUGUGAGAAACAACAAAAAUAUAUUCAAGGAAAAUGUUGUUGUCCUAAACCGGUUGAAUAUCGUGAAUGCCGACGUAAGGGGAGUUUGUUAAUUAUUAAAAAAGUAACAUAUCAAUUGGAUGAAUAUAAAGGAAAAUGUGUUCGUCAAAUAGAUCAGUUACACAAGAAUGUCGUAUGUAGUGUCCAUGGUGCACGAUUUAUUAAACGUGUAUGUGAUAAACAAACUUGUUAUCUUGCUACAAUUUUGUUGAAAACUGUCCUUCAAAACUGUCAAUGUCAUAGAAUGACGAAAAAAAUUAUUCAUCGAAAUAUACGAUGUUGUUGUCCAAAUCCAAGACUCCAAGAAAAAUGUCAUGAAAAUUAUGGUAUUCUAUCACGAAUUAUGUAUCGUUAUGAAUUAUUCAAAAAACAAUGUAUCACUAGAAAGUUUGUUGAUGAGAACAAAGUUGUAUGCCCUGAAGAAAAAAUUAACCGAGGUCAAUGUGAUGUGAAUACAAAAAUAAGACCAGUUCAAAGACGUUUCUAUAAUUUAAUUGGUUGUAAAUGUCAACUGAAAAUUGAAUCUACAAUGGAACCAUGCACAUGUCCAUUACCGGUAUUACAUAAGGAGAAUUGUACUGCAGGAAAGCUUUCUCGUAAAGUAUGGCGUAUUAUUUAUAUCCUUAGAAAGAAUGAUGAAUCUGGAAAAGUGGCAUGUGAACAAGAAAAGGAAUAUUUAUAUGAAGAACCUUGUCGCUGCCGAAAACCCAAAUUUACAAGAAAAUGUCAAAACGGAAAUAAAAUACUCAUGAAACAUGUAGAAUAUCUUGUGGAAAGAAACGAUAAACGAUUCUGUUCUGUACGUCACUACAUAAAGAGGAUUCCAGUUAAUUGUCGAGUAAAUGCUGUACGAAUGAAAAAGGAACCUUGCCAAAAUAGUUUGAAACGUACUACUUUCAUGCAUGAGAUUCUGGAUAAGCAAACGUGUGAAUGCCGAAGUCAAGUGAAAGUUGAAUUUGAGAAAUGUGAUUGUGACAAAGAUAAUCGCAUCAAUGAAUUUUGUCAAAAUGGUGUUCGAGUUGUGAAUAAAGAAAUUAACGUCUUCAGUCAAUCACAAGGACGUUGCGUGAAAUCGAUUGUACGUAGCGUACGUCCUGUAGUAUGUUCAACCAAGCAUCAAGUUAUUAAAUCUAGUGGAUGCGUUAUUGAACGUUCAGAUGGAAUUUAUUACUCUGAAGAAAUACGUUGGGAACAAGCAGUUAAUUGUAAAUGUGUCAUUAAACGUCGUCAGAUAUUACGUUUAUGUGCAUGUCCCAAACCAACAAUUAAAACACAGUGUUUAGAUACAGUAAAUUUAGCGACUUAUAAGAAUACAUUCAUAAAUAUUGGAGGUCAAUGUAUACCAGAUCAACAAGUAAUCACUACUGAAACACGUUGUCAAGAGAAAGCCCAAAUAAUUGGUAAAUCAACAUGUGAAAAACAACCGUUAGAUAAAUUUGAUUUAAGUAGACCUCCUUGUUUAGAAACAUUGAAAAUAAGUGUACCGACCAUAGUGAAUUGUCAGUGUCAGUUAAAAAUCAUACAAAUUCAACGUCGAUGUUGUACAAGUCAGCCAAAAGUAAAACAGAUAUGUGAUCCAUUUAAAGGUCGAUGGAUGAAAGCAGUUGAAAAUUAUGUACUCGCUUCUGGAUCGAUAUUAUUUAAAAGAGAUGAUUUGGUUAUUUAUGAUCAAAUUCAAAAGGUGACUAGUGAACAACAAGAUCAAACUGUUGUUUGUCCACAGUCUGUAAGUUAUGAAAACUGUGACAGGAAAACCGGUUUAUUAACCAGAGUCAAAACAUACUAUAAACGGAUUGGAUGUAAAUGUAAACCAAUUAAAGAAAUUAUAAGAGGAAAAUGUGGCUGUCCACCAAGAAGACAAUGGAUUUCACAAUGUAAGCGAAAUUUCCGUAUUCGUCGAAUUAUUUCAUUUAUAUUAAUAAAUGGAACAUGUGUACGACAGCAACACUUUGGUAGACAACGUUGUGGUUGCCCUAAUCCCAUGAACCGUGUAUAUUGUGAUGGUGAUGGACGUUGGGUAAAAUGUAAUACGCAAUAUUUAUAUAAUCCAAAAACACAUGCAUGUCGGUUAUUAAAACAUUGUGUACGUUGGUAUGAUGAAUGUCCUCGACCGAGAAAUCGUAUUGCUUCUCAAUGCAAUUCACAGACACAAUUUAAACAAUUAAUUCAAUAUGUACAUUUUGUAAAGAAUAAGUCUAGUUGUAAAUGUAAUACGAUAGUUAAAAAUGAAUGGACAGAAUAUUGCGGAUGUGGUCAUUUAAAUCAAAAAGUUCACCGAUGUCUCAAUCACAAUACUCCAAUAGUUGAUUAUUUGAAGUAUACAUUGAUAAAAGGAGAUUGCGUGCCGAAACGUAUGAAGUAUUCUACUCAACUCAAUUGUCCGAAACCGAUUGCACAACACUACCCAUGUAAUCAUGAUCGGAAUUCAUCUGAUCGAGGUUACAGUAUUAGCAAAAUCAGGUAUUUUAUCGCAGAACAUUGUAAAUGUACUUCAAAGGAGAAACUCGUACGUAAACCAUGCAAUUGUACUUUAAUAUAUCCGCAAAUGGUUUCUAAACGAUGUUAUAAUAAUAAACGUUUAUUAAUAAGGAAAAUGUUUUCAACUUUAGUGAAAGGUAAAUGUUUACCUAGUGAAGCUGUAUAUAAAAAGCCAAUAAACUGUCGACCACUGAAACGAAUCAAUGUUGGACGGUGUCAGAUUGGUCCGGAUAAUGUUGGAACUCAACGAAUUGAUGAAUUACAUCUCACAUCUGUUAAAUGUCAGUGUACAUGGAGAAUCAAGCAUUCAGAAAGAAAAAUCUGUAAGUGCCCGGAUCCGAUAAAAAAGACCCAAUGUUACAACAAUGGACGUCAGCUGAUGCAUAUUACUACUACAUACAGUUUGGAUGGCGAUAAGUGUAGAGCAUCUGAACAAUUGUUGGAUAUCGAUCCAUGUGCACAUGUGAAAAAAGCCUUCAACCGCAGACCGCUAUUCCAGAUUGGGCGAUGUAAUCCAGCAACAUGUAUAGCUAAACGUGUAGAUUAUCGAUUUUCCUCUAAGGAUUGUCAUUGUGAAAUUCAAAAAAAAGUUUCAAAUGAAAUUUGUUGUUGCCCUAAACCAAUAAUAAAUCAAUCUAUUUGUGAUCCGAAUACAAAUGCAAUUAUGCAUAAACAAAUUCACUAUUCACUUAUUAUACCAACCUAUAAUACAAAAGCAUUUAAAUCAUAUUGUCAAUCAAAAUUAUCACAGAUUUCUGUACAAGUAAAAUGUGGUAAAAAAUUACAAAGAAUUCGGAUUAAACCAUGUGAUGGUGAAUUUCAUAUUGUUAGUAUGUUAAAACCAAUCGUUGAAAAUUGUAUUUGUAAACAGAAAUUAAUACAUAAACAAAAAAUAAGAUGUGGUUGUCCAACUGCUGUGCGUCAUAUUCCUGGAAAAUGUAUAAGUCAAUGGGCUAUACAUAAAUGGAUAGGAUUAAACGCUGUACCAACUGGUGUUAAUAAUACUUUUCAUAUUACAGAGAAAUCAUGUAAACCAGUAGUAAUCGAAGAAAGACGUAUUCGUUGUGCAUGUCCACCUAUGCAAGUGUUCAAAAAAUGUUUGAACCACAGUUUACUGGUUAUUCAUCGUAUAAACUAUAAAAUGAAUAAGGAACUAAAUAAUUGUGAAAGGUAUAAUACAAAGGAAUUUAAAAAACUGGCUUGUCCUAAUACACAAGUAACACAAACUCCAUGUGGUAACAAAUUUGAAAAUUAUGAACAAAUUGAAAUAAUAAAACAUUGGCAAACAAAUCAAUGUAAUUGUUUAAUGAAAGUAAUUAGAAAUAAAUGGAUUUGUAAUUGUCAUGCACGUUAUCCAAAUCAAGUUAUAACAAAAUGUUUACCAAAUGGAUAUCAACGUCUUACAAUAACAAAAAUAUGGUUUAAUCACGGUAGACAAUGUUUGAAUAGAACAGAAAAACACAUAGAAAGCAUAGCUUGCCCGAAGAAUUUACGGAUUAUCAAGGGGGAAUGUAGUAGUAACGGGAACUCACAAUUGAUUUAUCUUCUACAACGACCUCAACAUUGUCGAUGUGUCUGGCAGAAACUUACUGACUCGGAACGACAAGCCUUAGGACUCAGACCAACUGAAGCAUGUAAAUGCCGUCCUAGCUUUAUAGUUAAACAAUGUCAUGAAGCUAACAAUAACCAGACGGCUUAUUCAGUUAAAAUAUAUACUAAAUAUAUUCUACAACAAGGUGAAUGUCAUAUUGAUCGUAAAUUUGAGAAGAAUCCUGUUGUUUGUCAAGUAGGUAGUCAAUUACAUAGGUCCCAGUGUAAUCCAAUCAAUAAUGAGCUGAUUGAGACCAGGAUUACAACACAUUUACGUGGUUGCCAAUGUCAGCAGAAAAUAUCUAAACGUCGCUGUCAGUGUAGUUGUCCAAAACCAAAGACUAACGCAAUCUGUCAAAGUCGCGAUGGUCUAUUACGCAAGAUAAAGGUAAUAUAUGCAUACAAAGAUGAUCAGUGCACUUGUGAAGCAAAGUAUUAUGUUCAGUCUUCCCGUAUUCGUUGUUAUGAACCUCCGAAAUUAAUAAAAAUUGGUAAAUGCCAUAAAUUGCCUCAAAAUGAAUCUAUUUAUGUACAUAAGAAUGACCUAUAUAGAAAUCUAGUUUGGAACAAAUUACAUCGCGUAGGAUGUCAAUGCAAACUUCAGCGAUUUAUGGAACAAUUUCCAUGUUAUUGUUCACCUGAUAUAAAAUAUGAAACACAAUGUAUCAUGGACAGAAUAUUGGAAAUUCGAAAAACUGAACGGAAAAUAAGCGAAGAUAAAAAGCAAUGUAUACGAAUUGUCAUAUCUAAAGUUCGUAAUCCUAUACAUCUCGGAAAACCCGAAUAUAAAAGAAAGUGUAAUCCUAAAACUCGUAUGGAAACAGUAGUGCAAAAACUACCAUAUGUUGAAAAUUGUAGACGACAGUAUCGUGUUAAUGUAAUUCAUCGUAAAUGCAAAUGUAAUACUAAACCUCGUUUAAUCCGACAAUCUCAGUGUUCACCAGAAUGUAAAGUACGAUAUACAUGGCUUAUGGAGAAGAUAACACCAGAAGGUCAUUGUAAAUUUUAUUAUCGUGUUCAUGAUAAAUCAUGUUGUUGCCCAACUGAAGUUAAUUUAGGUACAUUUUGUAAUCGUUCCAUUGGAUUAUUGGAAACUGGCUAUCGCAACUUUACAUUAAUCAAUGGAAAGUGCUUAUCCAAAGACAGAUUUAUUGGAAAACGAAUUGUUUGUAAAAAGGACGAAAAGAUAAUGAAAUAUCAACAACCAAACGGUUGGAUACGAAUUGAGAAACAAUUUAAUAUACGUGAUGGAUGUAAUUGUGUUCGGAAGCUCAUUGUUGAUUAUGAUAAAUGGAAUUGUCCUCCGCCAAUUACCCAGCGUCGGUGUAUUCAAGCCAACAGUGAACAAUUCGUUCUUGAGACUAUUUCGACUAAAUGGAAAUUAUCGGAAAGUAAACCAACAUGCUCGCGUUUAGACACAAUUAUUGAUCGAGUUCCGAUUGACUGUUCUGAAGAAUAUGUGAAUAAGUCAAAUAAGUGUGUGAUGAGUGUUGGUCGACAUGCUUCAGUUCGUAUUGAUCAAGUGACUACAUUUCAUGCUGAUGGAUGUCGAUGUAUUGAGAAUAAUGUACGUCAGGUAUUUACAGUUUGUAAAUGUACACGUCCACAUAGAGAAAAGUCCUGUCUUUAUUCAGAAGGUGUUUUAAUUUAUCAAAAUGUUUAUUAUGAAGUUUCCGGAGAUAAAUCACGUUGUUUACCACGUAGAUCACGUCGUGUAAUUAAAAUAACUUGCUCACCAGUUGGCCCACAAUAUAAAGGCAGAACUCAAUGUGAUGCUGAAACUGGGAACUUUUUCCAUAUAUAUGAAGAAUUCAAACGUGUUGGUUGUCAAUGCUUGAAGAAAGAACUACGUAUUCCUGGCAGAUGUAAAUGUCCUGAACAACGAUCAGAAAUGAGAUGUUCAAUGCAAAAUGUUCAACAACUCAACACAACAACGUAUGAAUUAAGUCCAAAAGGAACGUGUACAAAGUCAGACAAGCUUCAAUAUAAGUAUAUUAAAUGUCCAUUAUCUGAUGACCUUCUUCAAGAGUCAACCGACUAUAUGGUUCAACAAAGCCAAUCACUAAUAAAACAUAUAUACAAGUGUGGUUCGGCUGGGAAAUGUAUGCGUAUUAUACAAGAAUACAAAACUUACACGAAUUACAAAUGUAAAUGUAUCACUGAAAGAAAACAAUACAGAGAAGCAUGUUGUUGUCCAACGGAACCAGAUAUGAUUCAAUUUAAUUUGCCCAACAAUUCUUCUCAAUCUGUAACAGUCAAUACACUAUGUGUUCCGGAUAAAGGGUUAAUAUUGAAAAAUACAAUUAGAUGGAAUCUUGAACAUGGCAAAUGUUGGCCAAUUAUACACAGAACAAUUCUUCCAGUCGUUUGUGAUAAGAAAGAAUUUUUCAAACCUAUCGCAGUUUGUCGUCAAGGUCAGCAGAAAAACCUACAUCAACGAGAAAUACGAGAACGAUGCAAAUGUAAAUUAAACAAGCGUAUUGUUACAAAACCAUGUGCUUGUGAUCCACUUGGUAUUGCAGAUGUCAUCUUUCUUGUAGAUGAAACAGUAAAGAGUAGACAGAUGAAUUAUUCAUAUUAUGUUGGUAAAAUACUAAAAUAUACCAUGAAUGUAUUUUACGAAUCAUCUCAAUCAUCAAAUAUAGAUGAACAAUUUCGUUUUGGUGUAAUUAAAUAUUCAUUAAAAGCAAAUAUUGUUUCUAACUUAAAAAGUUAUCCAGGUUUAUAUGAACUAUAUGCUGAAAUAAAGAAACUGACAUUUAAUGGACGUCAAUCAGAUCUAAGAGUUGCAUUAAAUAUUGUUAAAAAUAAGAUCUUAUCUCAAAUACGACCUGGAGCAUCAUUAAUCGUAUAUUUAAUCACUGAUGCUGUCGUGAAUCAACCUACAGGUGUUAAACAGUUAUCUGAUUAUUUAAAAUCACAUAAUGUUCAAAUAAAUGCAAUAUUAUUAACGUCAGGGCAUAUUUAUCAUGAAAUAUUGUUUAAACAACUAGUAUCUCCACCGACGGCACUCCAUUUAGUAAAAUUGAAAGCAACGAAUGGUCAAUUUGAAAGUCAUUUAAGUCGAAUAGCCGAUACAAUUUGCAAGAAAGUAUGUCCAGUAAACCAUAAAAAGGAAAGUCAAUGUUCACGUCAAACAAAUUGCAUUGGACGCGUUUACAAUUACAUGUAUCGCUACAAUCCAGUUAAAGGUUUGUGUAUUGGGAAGACAAUAGUCGAACGCAAACAAUGCUGUUGUAUGCAAGAGGUUCGACGUAAGACUACAUGUGAAAAUAACCAUUUGAUUCAGUAUACAGAAAAUUGGCAGUUAACUACAAAUGGCUUUUGUGAACAAUAUGUAACUAGGAGAGAUGUCACUGGAUUAGCGAUUAGCCAAUGUACACCAGCAAAUCAAACUUUCAUCAAAACGUGUAACAUAAGAGGUGAAGCAGUUCAAGUCACAAUUUAUCGCUAUAUGGAAAAUUGUAAAUGCAAGACUAAGCAAACUGAUAAAAUUGUUCGGUGUCGAUGUACUAAAAAGCAUAACACUAAAACUUGUUUUGGUGAUGAUCUCAUAGUUUAUCAUUAUCAUUUUGAAAGACUUCUUGAAGGUGAAUGCUUACCACAACGAAGAGAUGUACACAAAAAGUUGGCUUGCAAACGUCCAGAAAUAUCCAAAUCACCUUGUGAUUCUUUAACAUGUCAGGAGCGUAUAACAAUAGUUAAUUAUGUUGCUCAAAGAUGUAUAUGUAAACGUUUUGUAACGGUCAAACACCAAACAUGUUGCUGUAAGGGAAAUCGUACAUCAAAUUAUGUUGGUUGUAAACACAACGAUGUGAAAGUCUUCGAAGAGAAAGUAUUUGAUCCUAAAGUUCGUGAUGGUUCUUGUGUUCAACGAGUUUCUUAUUAUUUUCAACCAAUAACUUGUCCAAGUAAACCAUCAAUAACUUAUCAUAGUUGUCGACGUUUUAAUGUUGAAGAUUCUGUAACACAAGGAAAUUAUGAAAAUAAUCGGGUUGACCCUGGUUUAAUCUACAGACUAGUUGAAAAAGUUACAUGGAAAAUCCAAGAUUGUGAUUGUCGUCGGUAUUAUGAAUCAUAUUUUGAAGCAUGUGGUUGUGAUGAUUCUGUUAUCAUUAAUAAUUUUGUAACCAAGAAUAAAUGUGAUCAACAAACUGGAGUAAUAAUGAAUUACAAACAAAAAGUGAGAUUAGAAAUUGUUGGAAUUCCAUAUGAAUAUACCAAAUUAAAUCGACUGAAUAAAUUAUCUGAUGCCAAAUGUCGUCCAUAUUAUGUAAUGGAAUCUGUAAGGAAAAUAAUCUGUCCUGAAGCCAAAACUUCUAUUGGUCCAUGUGAACCUGGUGAAAAUGGUCGAUCAUACAGAGCCAUCAAAGUGCAUAGAUGGAAACAAUCCAACUGUGUCUGUCAAAAUUUACCACCAAUGUUAAUAGAAAAACAAAUAUGCAGCUGUCUUCCUGUUCGAUUACAAAAGAAAUGUGUUGGUUAUAAAAAUAAACUACAAAUUUAUGUUAUUAAAGAAAAACUUAUCAAAACUAAAUUAUCGUCUGGUAAAUAUAAAUAUGAAUGUAAAAUAGAACAAACAAUGAAAGAAAAUAUUAUCCAAUGUCCAAAAAAUAUUCUUCAUUAUUCCGAAUGCAAAAAUGGUAAAAUGAAAGUGAUUGUUAAAGUUUACAAAGUUCAUAAUUGUAAAUGUCAAGAGUCUAUACGACGUUUACAAGUACAAUGUAAUAAACCAGAAAAAUUGAAAAAUAUCAAACAAGUUGAACCUAAAUCACCGAAACAUAUCUUAACUACUGUAGAACAAAUUAUAGAUUGUAUUGAUUUACUUCCUUCUGAAAACUGUCAACAAAUUAGUCGAUCAUCACAACGUAUCUGUGAGAAAUCUAGUCGAUUAUCUGAUUUACUAUGUCGUCGAACAUGUCGUCGUUGUUUAGGUUGUGAAUUGAGCAAUAUCAGAUAUCAAAUGAUCAGUGCAAAUUACCCAUGUCCUGAAAAUAAUCAAAAUAUUUUGAACAACUUUCUAAUUAAAACUAUGUCAACAACACUUACAUUAGCUUCAUGUAAAUUAGCUUGCGCUAAUAAAACUAACUGCUUAAGUUUCAUUUAUUCUAUGUCACAUGAAUUUGAUUCAAAUAUAAUUGAUAAAACUACUAAAUGUAUGUUGUACAGAGUAGAUCUUUUAGCGAUCAAGCAACACCAUCAUGAACAAAAACAUCAACAACAUUCGACCGGUAUUAUUCCACAACAAACUAGUCAGAGAUUCGAUUCAGUCUUUUCGCCUAUGUAUACUAAAACAUGUUUUGCAUUCCGUAAAAUUUGCAAACACACUUGUUCAAGCCCAAAAUUGACAGAAAUUUCUAAAUGUGAAUGUAAAGUCUACAAAAACCAUUAUGACUAUCCUUCAGAGUCACCGAAGUUUAAAACUUCUUUACACUGCUCUAAACGUAUUAAUGUUCAAUAUUUCAUUCAAUCAAAAUCGGGUAUUUGUCAAGAACAAAAUUGGCAAGGCUAUACUCCCUGUAGUAAUCCAAGAUAUCGUGAUUUAUCAUUAAGGAAUUUAAAUAACUGUAAUAAUCUAAAAUCAUCUUUAUGGUGUGAAGCGGAGCUAGCAGAUGAUCAAAGGAAGUGUAAAGAUGUAGUGUUCAGCAGGUUAUGCUCUAAAACAUGUGGCCUUUGUACCUGUUAUGGUAUAAAUAUAUUCAACGGAAAAUGUGAUUCAAAUGGAUAUAAAUUAAAUACUUAUAUAAUUUAUAAGACUCAUCCAAUUAAUCGUAUAUGUAUUAUUGAAGUGAAAAAGCGUUUGUCAAUUUGUGAAUACUGUCCGAUUGGAACAUUUGAGCAUGUACGUGAAUGUGAUAAACUAACUAGAUCACGCACAGUUAACAAAAUUACUGCUCAGCUAGUUAAAAUUUCACCAAAUAUUGACGGAAAACCACGAUUCGAAUGUUCAAUUCAAACAAAAAAUUUUAAAUUUGAUUGUGGCAAAUGCUUAGCUGCAUACAGAAACAAAUACUCAAUAACUUCUUGUAAACGAUACCCAAUGAAAUCAGCACAAAUGAAGUCGGUUUAUCAACUAAAUUUGAUUACAGAAUAUGUGAUCAGUGAGAAUGGUUGUUGCAGAACAAAACGAACUGAAAGAAGAUUUAAUUGUGAAAAUUGUCCAUUACCUCAAAUUAAACAUAGUCCAUGUUACAAUAAACAAAGAUUAAAACAUAUUAUAUUCUAUACUCGACCAUGGGUUACUUCAUCUUUAAAAGCAAAUGAAUGUAUUCAACGAACAAUAACUAAACGUGAGAAAUGUUCGGUAGAUCAUCGAUUACCUAAAGAUGAAUGCCGGGAUUCAUUAACACGAAUGGAUUGUAUUGUAUUAAAGCAAAGUAGAAAAUGCCGUCUGAAUUCAGAGGAAGCUCGUAGUCUGUGUGCCAAAACAUGUGGCUUCUGCAAUUGA